AUGGAUUCAAACCAUUUAGAAGGAGCACUUCCACAUCUACCACUCUCUAUCAACUACUUCACUGCAAAACACAAUGGUUUUAGUGGCGGCAUACCUCUUUCAAUCUGCAACAGAAGCUUGCUUGAUGUCCUUGAUCUAAGUUACAACAACUUCACCGGUCUGAUCCCUCCGUGUCUCACUAACUUCUUGAUUUUGAAACUCCGGAAGAACAACUUGGAAGGAAGUAUUCCAGACAAGUAUUAUGCAGACGCACCUCUACGUUCACUUGACGUUGGCUACAAUCGGUUAACCGGAAAGCUUCCAAAGUCUCUUCUCAAAUGCUCAGCUCUGCAGUUUUUAUGUGUGGACCACAACAAAAUCAAAGAUACAUUUCCUUUCUCCCUUAAGGUUUUACCGAAAUUGCAAGUCCUUAUCCUCCGUUCAAACAAAUUCUAUGGUCCUUUAUCUCCUCCUAAUCAAGGUCCUUUGGGCUUUCCUGAACUGCGGAUACUUGAUGUAAGGAAAUGCUUAAUCUUAUUGAUAGGAGAUAUCACAAUAUAUAUAGGCUUUACAUAA